AAUAAAAAUGGCAAACCUAACAAGAUGAAAAGGUCCACAAUUAAGUGGAAGAAAUUGUUGAAGGGCAGCGUGGCACUCUGAGAGGAAGGAUGAUGGAGCUGCAAUUACAUGUUACAAGAAGGACCUUACUUGUGGUAGUGGUGGUGAUGGUGAGCAGCCUGCUGGGGAAUGGCCUUGGUGAUCUACAGGUCUCCUCUGACUCAAAGUACUGCACACAGCAUCCAACCUUCCUUUACUGUGACUUCCUGGGAACACAAGAGCUGGUGGUAAUGGAGUCCCUGGGCAAGCGUGGAGAGCAGAUGGUGAGCACAGUGUACAUACACAAUGCUGGACAAGUUUUGGUGGCAAGUGACAUCUGUAUCAGCCUUGUGGCUUUCAGUGUCACCAACAUAACCUUUAGUGGCAUUCCUGAAACCUGUAAUCCCAACCAACACUUCUCCUUCAAGCUGGUGGACUCCAAUGCAAACCUGGCACCUCCGUAUAUCUCCCAGCUUGAUAUGCAGAGGUCAACAACCCAACAGGUCAGCAUUGACAGGGAUGUGAAGUCUUUCUCAGCAACCAACUCUGUCAUAGGUCACCUGAAAGUUUCUAAACCUGUAAAGGCACUCAACAUCAAGGUGGAAAACUCACUCAUUGACAACAUUGAAAAGCUGCAUUUAGAAAGCAAAUCACAACUGGUGCUCUACAAUGUAACUGUAAACAAAAUUACACAAUCAAGCAUAUAUCUCAAGGAAUCAUCCAUGAACAUAUGGACAGGCACCAUCAAAACUUCACUAGAAAAAGCUGUAAUCUUGGGUCCUGGAGCCUCCGUAAGCCUGAAAGAUACAGAUGGCAAAGUAUCACUAGCUGGCCCACAAGAGGUAGCAUCUAUGCCUACUCCAGCACCACCACGCAAGAACACAGACCACCAGGAAUACCCCCACCCACCUCAAACUGCACCACAGCAGACUCCAUGUAAUCAGUCUGUUCUGGUGUGGGCAUUUCCAACAGUUCUGGCAGCAGUAGAGGCCAUUAUAAUUCUCAUAAACUGUACCAAUUGGUUUCCGUCUCUCAAGAGAAGGAGAUUGCCCCAGGGAUUGGAGGAAGGGAACCUGAGAAUGAUGAGACAAACAGAGGUUGUGAGUGGCUCUUCCCAUUCCACAUGGCACUACAACACAGAAGUUCCUCUUAUGGCUGUAAAUAGACGACAGAACACAGAGUAUAAAUAUAAGUAACUAGAUAAAAGUAAGAAAGGGUUGUAUUGAUAUGAAUUUCAAGUUUUCAAGUUUCUGCCAAGUCAAUAAAGCAUCACUCAAGGUAGUGUGCAGCAAGAAAAUAACUAAGACAUGUUGUAGUAAAUUGCAUAUCAGAAAUUCUUUAACUUGGAAAACAUGAUGAUAGAAUGAAUGUAGAAAAUACCAAUACUCUUUACACCAUGAAGAACAAAAAAGUAUGAACAAUUAGAUUCAAAUGAGUUUCUUGAUUUUUCUGCCUAUAUAUCAAUAACCUUGGUGUACAACAUAUGAUAGCAGAAUGUACAAAUAUAAAUGCAUUUUAUACUUUGUUUUUGCUUACACAUAAGAUCUUGAGAAAAAAAGAAAAAUACAAUGAAUCAAGGUAUCCUAGUUAUAGCCUACAUCCAAAGAUCCUGCCAUUAUUUUCAUAAUAUGAAGUUUGUUAAACUAGAUAUAAGAACAACAUUUUCACCAAGUAGGAAAGUUAAGUGACAGUAUAUUCAUUAGGUUUUGGUAUAUUAUAUUUACAACACUCUGUAUGUACACACAAAAGGUAAUUAUUUAACAAAAAAUUUCCUCAUGAAAAAUUACAAAUCCAUCAUUAAUAUAAAUUACAAACUCAUCAUUAAUAUAAUGUGUGAAUAAAGUUGACUUAAAAUAUUGGAUUGGAAAUUCAUUCUUGUUUGAAACAGCUUGAAGUAGCAUGCUAUGAACUAUCACCGAGAAUACACAUCUCUGGUGAUGAACAAUGGACACACCUCAGCCAAAAUUCUGCUGCUACAAAUUUAAGUUUCUGAUCAAACACCUUAGAUAAUGUCACACUCACAAGCUGUUACUCUUCCAUUCAGCUAGCAGAAUGGGAGGAGAGAAGACACUUGUCAAGGUCAUACUUGAAGAAAUGGAAAAAUAGCUUUAGUUUUCACAUUCCUACAUCUGGAUGUUGCCAACUAUUCAGAUCUAUGCAUGAAAGUGAAGGUGUCAUGCAAUGAACAAUAAAUGCACAAGUAAAGAUUAGACAAGAA